GUCCUCUCCUCAGCCUCUUCUCCACCAAUCCGUACGCCGUGGUCCCUCUCCGGCCAAGUAUUUACUGGUGGAACCCCAAUUAAACACCAACGCAAAAAACCAACCGCCACUGAAAUUUCCCUGUGUGUUUUUUUUUAAUUUUAAAAAUCCCUUUCAUCUUCUUAUUUACAUGCAAAUUCAGUGAAUUCACAACCACCAAUUACUUCCAUUCUCUCUUUUCUAUAUAUAACCUCAUCUCUUCUUCUCCAACCACACCAGAUCCUCUUUUAUCUCCCAGCUCUCAAUUUUCCAAAGCAAACUCACUUCAAAAACCUGAAAAAACAAACCAAAAUAUUUCAUUUCUUGCAAGUUUUUCAAUUUUCGUUGAGUACCCACUAGUUUAUUGGCGAUUUGGUGAACAGGGUCGGGUUUAUUUUUUGUUUUAGAGAAGUAUUUUUGUAUUGGGUAUUAGGGGUAAUUACCCAGGGUAGACAAGUUGUAGACAUCACGGCUAUACAAGGAGUAACUCCGCCUCUAAUUCAUGUCCGUGCAGUACGACGUAAGGGCUGUGGUUUAAUCAUUGAGAGCAGCAACCCUUCUCCGCACGGUGGACGUGGUGCUUUGCCUUCUGAAGGCGGUAGUCCCUCCGAUCUCCUCUUUUUAGCUGGUGGUGGUUGUUAAGUUGGGGUUAGGCUUAUUAGUAUAUAUUAUUAAUAAAAUUUUAAUUACUUAGCUUUAAGGAAUUUUUUGUAGUAAGAAACCAGAUUUUUUGUUGGGAAUUUUGUGAAUUUUCAUAAGAAGCAAACAUGGGUGACAAAUUGAUGUUGAGUAUUAAGAGGGUUCCUACUAUUGUUUCCAAUUUUCAAAAAGAUGAGACUGAUGAUGGUGCUAAGAAGACUGGGGGCUGUGGCCGUAAUUGUCUUCAGAAGUGUUGCAUUCAAGGUGCAAAACUCCCUUUGUAUGCUUUCAAGAAAGUGAAUGAGAUUGCUAGCAAGGAGGUUGUUGAGCCGGAGAAUACUGAGGCUCCCGUUGCUUUUCUUGACUCGCUCGUUCUUGGGGAGUGGGAGGAACGUGUGCAGAGAGGGCUCUUUCGCUAUGAUGUUACUGCCUGUGAAACCAAGGUGAUUCCUGGUCAAUAUGGCUUCAUUGCUCAGCUGAACGAAGGUCGUCACUUGAAGAAGCGACCAACUGAAUUCCGUGUUGACAAGGUCCUUCAACCCUUUGAUGGGAGCAAAUUCAACUUCACGAAAGUUGGCCAGGAAGAAGUCCUCUUCCAGUUUGAAGCAAGUGAAGAUGGUGAUAUUCAGUUCUUUCCAAAUGCUCCAAUUGAUGUUGAGAAUUCUCCAAGUGUGGUUGCCAUUAAUGUUAGCCCUAUUGAGUAUGGGCAUGUGCUUUUGAUCCCACAUAUUUUGGAGUGCUAUCCACAGAGGAUUGACCGUGAGAGCUUGUUGCUUGCAAUUUACAUGGCAGCGGAAGCUGGGAAUCCAUACUUUCGUUUGGGUUACAACAGCUUGGGUGCAUUUGCCACCAUCAACCACCUUCACUUCCAGGCUUACUACUUGGCUGUGCAAUUUCCUAUUGAGAAGGCACCCACUAAGAAGAUUACCACUUUGGAUUGUGGGGUCAAAAUCUCCGAGCUCGUGAAUUACCCUGUCAGAGGCCUUUUGUUUGAGGGUGGAAAUGCUCUGCAAGAUUUAUCCAAUACCAUUUCAGAUGCUUGCAUCUGCCUUCAAGUGAACAACAUACCGUACAAUGUUCUCAUCUCUGAUUGCGGAAAGCGUGUUUUUCUUCUGCCGCAGUGUUAUGCGGAGAAACAAGCUCUUGGCGAAGUGAGCCCUGAACUUCUUGAUACUCAAGUGAACCCAGCCGUGUGGGAAAUCAGCGGCCAUAUGGUGCUGAAAAGGAAAGAGGACUACGAGGAGGCAUCAGAGGCAAAUGCUUGGAGGCUUCUUGCGGAAGUUUCUCUAUCUGAAGCGAGGUUCCAGGAAGUGAAUGCUCUCAUCUUUGAAGCCAUUUCCUACACCGGCAGUGGCAGCGACAAUGAAGCUCCAAACACACCUGAAGAUAAAUUAGUCAAACCUGAUGAAAAAGUGGAUGCUAUGAACCAAAGCUCACACUGUGCAAUGGUGACCGGAAAUCAACAAUGCCUCGUGCAGCAGUAAGGUUCGUCUCUGAUGAGCGGACAUGUUCUGUGUUGGGUUCUUAUAAUCUAUCAAAUUAGUGUGGAAUGUGAAAUUGUAGUAACUACUACUACUGCUUGUGUGGAUUCCGGCAGUAGCGCUAAAUAAGCAAACUAGGUUUGCAUCGUCGGUCUCGGUUUGCCUUCUUAUGAUGUUUGUGUAUCAGCAUCAGUUAUGCUUUUGUCUAUUCAGCUUAUUAUGGUAAUGUAAUUUCCUAUUCCUCUGUGGCAUGCCUAUGUCAGAUUGUGUAAGACUGCCAUGUAAUGUUUUUUGCUGUUAUGAAACAGUUUAUGUAAAUAAUGACUGUUUGUUUAUGCAUUUACUUUUUUAAUUUGA